GACAAUCAAAUGACGCUUAGUGACAAUCUGGAUGCGUUCAUUUCAUCCAAGUACUCGAUCACUGCCGGGUAUUUUGCCAGGGCCGUGGUAAACAACAUACUGACAGGCGGCCAGAUGGAAACGUCUGCCGUCGACAUAGAUGAAGAUGAUGACGGAAACGUUGAUAAAUGUACAGUGUCAUGAGAUGCAAUUACCUACAUCCCUCGCCAAACCACACACCGACACAAGGGUUGCUUAGGUCAUAUUGCCGAACCACCGGUAACCAUCGAUCCACCAUAAUAGUCAUUGAAUUAUGAUAAAAAGAAUACUAACCGUUAUUUCGUCUCAUACAAAUCGGCACGGCACUCACGAAAUGA